CAACUAUUCAGUCAGUCACUCAAUAACACGCAAAGGGGACGGUUGUACGCUCACUCGCCGCGCCCGAUAUUCACGCGGACAACUGGGUCACGAGGUCCAUACGCGUAUUGCCAAAGAACAAUUAUUUGUUUUGUGUUGUGGAUAGUUACUGUGACAGUGUUUUGAGUUUCUUUGUGAAUUAAGAAACUAGCGGCGCUUUUGAAGUAUACGUGAUGCGUGCGUGAGCGCAGCGCAUGACGUGCUACGAAACGUUGAGAGCUUCGGCACCCGCCGCGGACGCCCCCAUGGCGCACCACUUCGUCAAGUGGUGGCGCAACAAGUUUAGAAAUGGAUAUAAGAAAUUCAGCAUAGGCACCGAAGGCGAGCGCACGGACACUGAAGAGUUGGUAGGACGAGCAGCGUCCCAGUGCUCUGCGCCGCCGGACAUCUUGCCCAGCGAGGCCAGAGCCUUGCUGCAGCCGGCCACCCCGCCGCCUGUGCCGGCGAGGAAGACAGAACCCUACGCCAAGAGGCCGCCUUCACCCGAAAGACAUACAGAGGACGUUGAUGAAAAGCAGCCUAGACUGCGAUUUGAGGAGCUGACUUGCGACGUCGAACUACAACAUCCGGAAUCGUCGAAACAACAACCGUUGCAGUUUUCUUUUACGCUCUACGACCUUGACGGUCACGGCAGGAUGACAAAAGACGAUAUAGCGGGCAUAGUGUCGACUAUAUACGAGUCGAUAGGAAAAUCGGUCACAGUUCCGCACUACGGGUCCAAAACAAUACAAGUCCGUUUAACGGUUGUACCGGAAGACGGACGACCUCUCAACCCUCGGGAUAGAAGAGAAAGAAGAAGAAGACGUCGAGAACAAGCCGACGUUCCCUUGACUCCGCCAGCAGAGUGCGCUGAGCAUAGUGAGGAUGAGCAUCACGACAGACUGUCAAACGAUGAUGACGCAUCCUCGAAGUCCUCGUAUUCUGGAGAUCGCCAGCCACCGCAGCGACCACCACCAUUGCUAAGGCAAAGACCAUCUCACCACCGACAUGCGAGGAGGGAGCCGCGAGAAAGGAAACACUCGAAAAAGAGAUCUGGAAGUUUACAGAGACGGGAGUUGCUUGAAAUCAUACAGGCGAACAUGGAAAAAAACCACAUGAGCUUUCAAGCUUCAAGAAAGCCCUGCGAAACUGUUGCCAAUGAGGAAGAAAUAACCCACAAAUAUCAAAAACUUAGAAAUAGAUCGUACACUGUCAGCGAUAAACCUGCACAUGCAUUCCAAAAAUCAAAAACAGAGGCCAAUAACAACGGAUAUUUAGACUUGGCGAGUGGAGGCGACUCGAACUUAUGCAGAUACGACAGGUACUUGCACGCAGUGAUAUGUUCCUCAGCUCGGCACGCACACACGGGCUACCACCAGAAGCAUUCGCAGCCUCCAAGACACACCAGGACGCAUCAGAACCCAAGGUCUCGUUCACAUGAUUUGCCCACUCAACAUCACUCAACACAACAGCCAAGAGUGCUUCAAAUCAUAUUUUUAUAGAAUUUAAGUAUGGACAGUCAAUGUCGGAAAUAACUU